AUGUCGGUCGGUCGCUUAGGCCGAUUAUCACAGCGUUGUGAUAUCCUUGCGCCAGCACAGAUAGCGAAUAACAGAGAAUUAGCACUGUGUAGCGGCGACAGACGAAAAGUAGACAUUUCGCGGAUUUUUGGCAAAUAUUCGUCGCAUUCCAGGACUACUGCUGCAGACGCCAUU